UUGGCUGAUUGCGAUUCUGGCUCAGCUCAACCCUCUCUUUGGGCCACAGUUAAGCAAUGAAACAAUCUGGUACCUCCAGUUUCACUGGCCUUGA